CUAAUACUCUCGGAUGAGUGGAUCUUCACGAUUGAAUUUGAGCGAAGGUGGUUCCCUGGUUGCAGCCUUCCGUUACUCCCAUAAUCGCGACUAAAUUUCUCUAUGCCGGUGGUUUCAGCCGCAAAACUCACACAGAUAAUCCAGCGAAGGCCCAUAAAAAGCAUGGCCCCAUCAAAGAAAGGCAAAACCAAAGGUAACUCAGCCACCGAGUCAACUCAGUGUAUGCCUCCUUCCGCUUCCAAAUACCCGGCUUGUAUCCGUGUCGUUGCCCCGUCUUCCGUAUCAAUAACCAUCCACGCCAAGCCCGGCUCCAAAAUUGCCACCAUUACUGAUUUGAGCGACGAGGCUGUUGGGAUCCAGAUUGAUGCGCCAGCUAAAGAUGGCGAAGCAAAUGCUGCUCUUAUUGACUACAUUAGCUCAUCUCUUUUGGACAGGUUCUUGGCGUAAAACGAAGGCAAGUUUGCAUACGUUCUGGGUCAAAGUGUAGGGAUAAGGUAGUUAUUGUGGAAGAAGUGAAUGUACAGACUGUGUUUGAUGCACUGGACAGAGCUUUGAAGAGUCACUGUUAGGGAGCAGAAUGAUAUGGUUGUGAUGUUAUUAUGUAGCAUAUGUGUGCAUAUCAGUAAGUAUAUUGAACCAACGUAUGUUUAUUUAUAAGUUCAAGCUCGUUACGCUUUUUUUCAAUUAUUGCCGCUUUUAAUCCAUACAAGAUUUUGUUAUUAGCAUGUUUGACACUCGGCUUUGAGUUUUACCAAAGAAAAAGACGUGAGCC